AUGGCGCCGGAGUUGAAGAGAAAAGGGGCCGGGGAGGAUGAGGAGAGCGUGGGAAAGCUCACCGCGCACUCGAAUCGGACAGAGGAGGGCCGGAAGGUGGAGCUCGACGGAAGGGGGCGGAGGUCCGAGCGGCCAUCAAUGGCGGCCGGCGGGGAGGUGGUCGAUUCGGGCGAGGAAAGCUCAAAUGGGUUCGGGGAAGGAGCGGAGGAGGUGUGGGGUGAAGUUGUGCGGCUCUGGGCGCAGGGAAUCGAGUCCCCUCCACGAACCCAAUUCCCCUCCACGAACCCAACGCCCACGAUUAUCACCGUGCCUUCCUCAAAUCCUACUAUUACCAUCCCUUCCUUGAACCCUUUGCCCACACCUAUCACCGAUCCCCCUCCUUCCGCAGCACCGCCAGCCCCAGUCAUAUAUCCACUGCCAACGCCUUCGACCUCCUCCCCACCGACGGUGCCGGUCACCAAUCCCGCUGUAACCACACCGUCCACUUUCCCUCCAUCAGCACCAUUCACCAACCCACCAGCGUCAAACCCAACACCUACACCUCCUCCUGCUCAAAUAAUCACAGCUCCAGCUGUAUCUAGUCAGCAGGUCUGGUGUGUGGUCAAAGCUGCUGGCUCAAGCGAUGCUGCGCUCCAGAAUGCGCUUGACUACGCGUGCGGCAUUGGGGGAGCAGAUUGCUCAGCUAUUCAGCCAUCAGGAAGCUGCUACUAUCCAAAUACUCUCCCGGGCCAUGCAUCCUAUGCUUUCAACACCUAUUACCAGAGGAACCCUGCACCGUCGAGCUGUGACUUUGGGGGAACGGCAAUGCUUGUCACUGCUAAUCCAAGCUCAGGGAGCUGUGUCUUCGCAUCGUCAUUAAGCUUUAUUUUUAUAUCUCACAAACAAAGUCGAGUUUGGACAAGAUAUUUUACAAAAUUGUGUAUCAUCAUAUCAUCUACAUUUGUGAUUUUUUGGGUGAAUUUAAACAACUUUUUUGCUGUGGUUUGUAUGAGUUUUCACAAAAGCCAUGUUUGCACUAGAUACGUUCCUGGAUACAAUCCUGCCUCCACUGCUACUCCAUUGGCAUCAUCAUCUGGUUCUGAUUCUGGAUCACCAGUGCUGAAUGCUAGUGGGGCAGGCUCUUCAGAACCAUCAGAGUUUAGCCCAGACAUCCCAGGAGCAGUUGACUUGGACAACGCUUGGAGGUCAAUUAAUCUGCCCCACUGGUCCUGGGCAGCCAUGGUCUGGAUUCUGCAUUUUGUGUGCAUAUAGAAGGAUUGGUUUGAAAACACGCAGGAGCAAAAGGCUAGAGCACUAGGAAGGUAGAGAUUUAGAGAAUCAGGCGGUCAGGCCUUAGCUUGACUAAGUCUGUGAAUGUAUGGAGUAUGUUGAUUGAUAAUUAGGGCAGUUGUAUGGUACUCCAGUUAGUAGUAGGAACUGGGAACUAAGUAGUUCUGAUGGAUGCACUCACCCUGACUGUUCACUCAUUAGUAGAUGUAGCUGCUGCCUGCCUCCUUUUGAUCUGAGAAACGUCCUAUGUGUGACUGAGCUGAACAACUAAUGGCAUACAUGGUCGUUUUGUUUUAGCUGC